AUGGCUAGCAGCGAGAUUAGGUCGGAGAAGUUGCAUCCAAGCAAACUAAGACAGAGUUUAAGGAAGAUCAGAAUGAAGUGUUUGUGUUCUGGUGAACAAAUGCAGCUCAGAGAGGAUGAAGACAAGCGAUCUGAGCUAGGAGUAGGCAGAGACUACAACGUGAGCUCGGCUUUAUCAGCUGCAGAGAGUGAAAAUGCCAAGAAACUAGAUAACGGGAACAUCGAAGAAGCCGAGUUAUCUCUGCGUGAGACAAGUUCAUUGAACUACGAGGAGGCGAGAGCACUUUUGGGAAGGAUUGAGUAUCAGAAAGGAAACAUAGAGGCGGCAUUGCGAGUCUUUGAAGGGAUAGAUAUCAAUGGGAUCACAAUAAAGAUGAGAACCGCUUUAACCGUUAGAGAAGAACGGAACAAACAUAGAAGACGGUCUAAAGGCGGACUCGGUUCUGCUCCUCCGCCUCCGAUGUCCAAACAUGCUUUUUUGGCUAAACAGAGAAUUCUUCUUCUUGCAGAAGCUGCGCAGUCUUGUAGAGUUAUUCUUGAUAUAGUCGAGGCUUCGUUAUCGGAAGGUGCGUCGGAAAAUGUCACUGGUGAUAUUAAGUUGCAGGAGACGCUGACGAAAGCAGUUGAGCUGCUUCCUCAGUUGUGGAAGCUCGCUGACUCGCCUCGUGAUGCUAUCUUGUCGUAUAGACGAGCGCUUCUCAACCACUGGAAACUCGAUCCGGAGACGACGGCGAGAAUACAGAAAGAGUACGCCGUGUUUCUUCUCUAUUCAGGUGAAGAAGCAGUGCCGCCGAACCUUCGCUCUCAGACGGAGGGAUCUUUCAUCCCGAGGAACAAUGUGGAGGAAGCUAUUCUUAUUCUCAUGUUGCUUCUCAGGAAAGUUAACCAGAAAAGAAUCUUGUGGGAUGCGGCGAUCUUGGACCAUCUCUCGUUCGCUCUUACAAUCGCAGGCGAUCUAACCGCUCUCGCUAAGCAGCUCGAAGAGCUCAGCCCCGAGAUAUUGGACCAGAGGGAGCUUUAUCAUACAUUGUCUCUGUGUUACCAAGGUGCAGGGGAAGGUCUUGUCGCGCUCGGUUUACUGAGGAAGCUGUUUUCAGAACGGGUGGAUCCAAACCGGAUCUCCGGUUUGCUGAUGGCUUCCAAGAUAUGUGGUGAGAGGUCUGGUCUCGCCGAGGAAGGGCUAGACUAUGCCCGGAGAGCUAUUGGAAACUUGGGGAACGCAUGCGUGCAGUUAGACGGUGCGGCUCGUCUAGUUUUAGGCAUCACGCUCACGGAAAGCUCGAGAACGGUUGCUACGGAGGCCGAGCGGGUAGCUAGGCAAUCCGAGGGGAUGCAGGCGCUGGAAUCUGCGGAUAUGACAGACACGAGAGUCCUGCACCGUCUUGCGUUGGAGAAUGCAGAGCAGAGGAAGCUGGAUUCGGCUUUAGCGUAUGCUAAGCGGGCGUUGAAGCUUGGAGCUGAGUCGGAUCUUGAAGUAUGGUUGCUUCUUGCUCGGGUUUUAUCCGCGCAGAAGCGGUUUUCAGACGCAGAGACCAUCGUUGAUGCGGCGCUUAACGAGACAGGGAAGUGGGAACAGGGGAAGCUGUUGCGUUUGAAGGCGAAGCUUCGUUUAGCUAAAGGAGAAGUUAAGGAUGCUAUAAAGACUUACACACAACUUCUCGCACUCCUUCAGGUUCAGAGCAAAAGCUUCAAUUCUACUAAGAAGCUUCCAAAGGGAUAUGUAGAGGGAUUGAGGAGUCUGGAGCUUGGGACGUGGCAUGAUCUUGCUCAUAUCUACAUUAACCUCUCGCAAUGGCGUGACGCAGAGACAUGUCUCUCGAGAUCAAGACUCAUCGCGCCUUACUCUCCUACUCGAUACCACACUGAAGGUGUACUGUACAAGAGACAGGGCCAAUUAGAAGAAGCGGUGGAAGCGUUCUCAACCGCUUUAGACAUCGAUGUGAUACACGUCCCGAGCCUGAUAUCGAAGGCUGAGAUUCUACUGGAGCUCGGGAACAGAUCAAGCCUAGCAGUUGUUAGAACUUUUCUAAUGGAGGCUCUUAAGAUUGAUAGGCUGAAUCCGUCGGCUUGGUACAAUCUUGGGAAGAUGUUUCAAUCUGAAGGAUCCGUCUCGUCUAUGCAAGAAGCCGUCGAGUGUUUUCAAGCCGCCGUUACACUGGAGGAAACUAUGCCGGUGGAGCCAUUCAGAUGA